GCCCAGCAAAUGUGGGAUUUUUGUUUCGCUGUUUGUUGUAGCUUACGUCAUAUCCUGUGCUUUCCUGUGGGAAGGGUUGGGACUGGAGCACACCUCACUCAAGGUAGCCGUUUCUGGGACACCGUGGGCCCAUGCUGACCCUCUGGAGGACGGCCUGAGCUUGGCUGGGAAAGGUGGGAUCGUGGCAUUGUUCGGGGGAAGGACAACUGGCUGGCUUCCUUUUGUGAAGUCAGGGAGCCCAGCAGGUAACUGUGCAGGGGAAGCAGGAGAUGCCCCGUCUACACUUAAUGCUGGGAAACAGGAGCGAUCCUGAGAGUCCAUGUUGACCUGGGAAACAGAAGGACUGAAAAAGUCACACUUCCACAGAGACCCAGAGGUCAGCCAGUCCUCCUUGCAUUAGAGCCUGGAGGACCAUGGAUACCAUAGAGACGGCAAAACUUGAAGAAGAUUUGGAAAAUCAAAGCAGCAAUGCCCGGAGCACUUACCCAGGCCCCGCAGAGCCUGCCGAGGAGGGGAGCAAGGACGGCAAGGACAAAGCCCCCAGCCCAGCAGGCGCGCUGCGGAAGGGAGCCCGGAAGUACCCCGACUACAUCCAGAUCGCCAUAGCGACCGACGCCAGGAGCAAGUUCCCCCUGGAGUGGUGGAAGACCGGCAUCGCCUUGGUGUACGCGCUCUUCAGCCUGGUCCUGACCACCAUCAUGAUCACCGUGGUGCACGAGCGGGUGCCCCCCAAGGAGCUCAGCCCCCCUCUCCCGGACAAGUUCUUUGACUAUAUUGACCGCGUGAAAUGGGCAUUCUUUGUGUCCGAAGUGAACGGGAUCAUCCUACUUGGUUUAUGGAUUACGCAGUGGUUGUUUCUGAGAUACAAGUCCAUCGUGGGGCGCCGGUUCUUCUUCCUCCUGGGGACUCUGUACCUGUACCGCUGCAUCACCAUGUAUGUGACCACACUCCCGGUGCCCGGGACCCACAUCCAGUGUGCCCCUAAGCUAAAUGGGGACUCGCAGGCCAAAAUACAGCGGAUUCUCCGGCUGAUCUCUGGCGGUGGACUCUCUAUAACCGGGUCACACAUGCUGUGCGGCGACUUCCUCUUCAGCGGCCACACGGUGACCAUGACGCUGCUAUAUCUGUUCAUCAAAGAGUAUUCACCGAGGCACUUCUGGUGGUAUCAUUUGAUCUGCUGGCUGCUGAGCGCUGCCGGGAUCAUCUGCAUUCUCGUAGCGCACGAGCACUACACUAUCGACGUGAUCAUUGCGUACUAUGUCACCACGCGGCUGUUCUGGUGGUACCACUCGAUGGCCAAUGAGAAGAACCUGAAGGUGUCCUCACAGACGAACUUCUUGUCCCGAGCCUGGUGGUUUCCCAUCUUCUAUUUUUUUGAGAAGAACGUCCAGGGCUCGAUCCCUUGCUCCUUCUCCUGGCCGCUGUCCUGGCCUCCUGGCUGCUUCAAGUCGUCCUGCAAAAAGUACUCCCGGGUGCAGAAGUCGGGCGAGGACAAUGAGAAGUCCACCUGAGCCGCGGCCGCGCCCCCGCGAGACCUCCAUGCUGUGACCACAGGCAGAGCCACAUUCGUCUUUGUUUCUGGAGGACUGACUGUGAGCGAAGAAGCGGAACACACGCCGCAGGCUCGGUUGGGGAGACAAGGAAGUGUUGAUCUCCUGACCCUGUUUGAUUCCUCCUGAGAAAGCUGCGUUCACUGGGGACUAAACCCCGAAGUGGGCUUUCACGGUGAGCUUGUUAAAGAGGUGCCAAAGAACACAGUACCCCGUCUUCCUCUCUCUCCGCUGAAACCCUGCACUUCAGCGUUCUUUCAGGUUGUUUUUUUCCUCCCAAGGGCAGAGGGAUUUGUUCAUGUUUUGAAUAAAAGAUCGGGGUCUAUGUAGCCACUGGGUCCGUGGAUGGGGCGUCUGGGGAGAGGGCCUUUAUCCCAGGGCUCCUCGAGGGGUCCUAUGCGGGCCUGGGGCUGAGUUCAAGUGCACUUCCUUUCUUCCCUGGCACUGGGUGGGGGAGGGUCCUGGUGAGGUCCCGCAGUGCCCUCUGCUGCCACCGCCCAAUGCACUGGGUAUCACUUUGACUCUUUUUGCUUUUUAACUGAUCAUUUUAAA